UUUCCAACACUAUCAUUAGCACGCGUUUGCAUUUCGAGUCGAAAAUAAACAAAACUUGCAGCUAGGCAACAAGUGCCGGGAAAAUGGGAGUUCGUGGCCUUACUAGUUAUAUAGCUCAGCGUGCGGAGAUCUAUCUGAAGCCCUAUGAACUCUACUCCACAGCCCUGGUCAUCGAUGGCGACAACCUGUCGUGUAAUCUGUACAAGGAUGUCGCCGGGAGUUACUCUGCCUUUGGAGGGGAUUACGAUGACUUCUACCGGGCUGUGGUGCAGUUCUUUCAGGUCCUGGCCGAGUGCAACAUCCGCCCGUAUGUCCUAAUGGACGGAGGAUACGAGGAGCGCAAGCUACAGACAGUGGGCACUCGAUUGAGAAACAAGAUAUCCGUGAUCAAGAAGAUCAAUCCGAAUGCGUCGAUUACUCUGUUUCCGCUGCACCUCAAAGAAGUUUUUGUGGAUGCAGUGCGAGAUUGCGGAGUUCCAGUGAUGCGAUGCGUCUUUGAGGCGGACGAUGAGCUGGCAGCCUUAGCCAGGAAACUCAACUGCCCAGUGCUGUCCUACGACUCGGAUUUCUAUAUCCACAAUGUGAAGUACAUACCUCUGAUCACACUGACUGUGAAGGUGCUCACCAAACAAGUAAAGGCCAAGAACAACCACAAACAGAAGGACUCCCGCGACUUGCGUAAAAAUGAAGCCAAAAAUGUGGAGAAGCGCACCAAGGCUAAUAAAAUUGUGAAUGGCAUUCAGACCUCAGAGCAGGCAGCUGCCCCUAAAGAAAUUACCAAGACUUACAAGUACCUCGACUGCUGCAUUUAUCGAGUGUCGCACCUGUGCGGUCGAGGCACUCUCAGUCCAGAGAAACUGCCUCUUUUUGCCGCUCUUCUGGGCAACGAUUAUAUAGCCCGCAGUGCCUUCAAAAACUUCUUUGCCUCAGGAUUGGGAAAAGCAGGAAGGAGUCGUAAGCUGAAAUUGCAGCAAAAACGCAUUCAGGUGAUACUCACCUGGCUAAAGGAAGAAACAUCGGAAACGGCUUUGGAUAAAGUUUUGUCCAGGCUGAAAAAGAACCAGAGGGAAUCGCUUGUGUCCCAGGUGAAUGCAGCAAUUUCUGGCUACUCAAAUGAGUUGUGCCAUGCCUAUAAUUUUUUUGAGGAGCACUACGAGAAUGCCUUUCCCUAUAUUGAACACGCCAGUGAAGGCGAAGAAAGUGAUGAGGAUUCUGCUAGUUUGGUUGAAAACCAACUAGAAGCCGUAGAGGACGAGGAUCAGGAAGAAGCUGAAAACCAGGAGGAGGAAGAACAAGCUGAAAAUCAAGAGGCUGAGUCGGAAGAAGAUGUCGAGGAAGAAGAGGAAACGGAUGAAGUCGAGGUGGAAGAUAAGACCCUACUCUUUCCGCAAUGGUUUUUAGACAAACUGUACCCGGCCCACCUAUCUCGCUUCUUUGUGGACCUCAUGCACCUGCGUAAAUACAUCAACAACCCGCAGAUUGAGCACUUUCCCUUCCACGACUCUAAUGAACUGGCCCUGCCCAUCCUAAACUACGUGUUCUCCCUUCUCCAUCAUGUGGAGGGUGCCAAAACGGAGCCGCAAGUAGAUAAGGAAGGCAAGCUCGUCCCCAUCGAGUUUACCUAUCUCACGAGAGCUCUCCGAGUGACUAAUGUGAGGUAUUUCAAAAUGCCCAUUGAGAAGGAGCCUGCUUUUGCGUUUGAACCAUCCUCACCGGAUCCCAGACAUUUAAGAGCUAUAUUUCAAGCCUACGUUCCGCAUGCGGAUACGGAAAAGCUGUUCACAAAGUUGGCGGAGCUGCCGGAGGAUCUGAGAUUAUACUUUCUGGCCAUUAUUUAUUGGUUGCAUCGAUCAGAGCACUGUGAUUUGCUGCACCUUCACUCCCUGAUCAUCGGUUUGGUUGUGCUGCGAACCAUAGAUGUUAAAAUCCCGGCUGAGAGAGAAGUUAAAGCUUUCCGCAAGAGAUUUGGCAAGACAUUGAAGGCAGAACGAGCAGUAAGAGAUAAAGAUGCAGCCGAGGGCAUCAAACGUGGCAUUAAGCCCGCUCUCCUGGAACUUUCAAUACCAGAUCGCAUGGAACAUGUACCGAAAUCGGAUUGCUUUUUAACUCAGGAACGCCUGCUGCCGCAUUUUCACAUGCAGGAGAUCUUCAAGAAGAAAUUCGACUUGUAUUCAACAACGGUAAUUCACGCAUUUGCAGAGUUUCAGGCUGUGGUGUAUCAACUCAAUGGACUGAACUCACUUCUCGAUUUCCCGCUGCUAAGCCCUCGAAUGAAUCAGCUAUAUUGUGGUGCCUUUCUCUAUAAUAUGUAUGAUCUGCUGAGAAAUCGCGCGGAUGUCCGGUAUCAUGUAGAGAACUUUCUGCUACCGGACUCUACUUUAAUGUUCGAUUUCUAUUGCUACUUGUACGACUGGUGUGCUGAGUUUAUUCCACAUUGGAAGCGCUUGGAGGUGGAUCAAUCGGCGGUGAAGGCACAGCAAAAGAAGCGUCUGAAAAAACAACGUCAGGCGACUAGGAAAGCGGAGGCAAAGGAGUCAAAUGCAGAUCCUAACGCGGAGAUGGUCAAGGAUGCAGAUCCAGAAGACGAUUUCUUCGACUUGAAUAACAAAUUCUGCGCACUAAAAGUGGGGUAGUGAAAAUAUUGUGCAAUUUUAAAGUUUUUAAGCAUUAAUUCUGAUUCUGAUUUGUUGAAGUAAAUAAAAAUGUUUUCAAAAAUUUAAA